AUGAAAUGGGAAAUUAGAUCAUUAAAAUAUGAUCAAAUUAUAAAUGUAGAAUAUAUAAUAAAUAAUCAAUGGUUUAAUUUAUUGGAGUAUAAAAUUAAAAGAGGUGAUUAUUUAGUUUUUCCAACUUUUUCAUCAUUUCAAUUAAUUUUUAAUAAUUUUAAUAUUAAAUAUUUAAAAAAUAAUUUUAAAAAUCAAGAAAAUCAAAGAAAUAAUAAAAAAAAAGAAAUUGAAAGAUUAGAAUUAAUUUAUAAAUCAUUAUUCAAUAAUUAUAAUAAUCAUUUUAUAAAUUAUAAAAAUUUAAUAAUAGAUUUAAUAAAAUGUAAUAAUUUUAUUGGUUUAAAAAUUUUAUUAAGUAUUUUUGGCAUUAAUAAUAAUAAUAAUAAUAAUAAUAAUAAUAAUAAUAAUAAUAAUAUUAAUAAUAAUAUUAAUAAUAAUAAUAAUAAUAAUAAUAAUAAUAAUAAUAAUAAUAAUAAUAAUAAUAAUAAUAAUAAUAAUAAUAAUAAUAAUAAUAAUAAUAAUAAUUAUUCUUUAAAAUUACCAUCAUGGUUGAUUGGUUAUGAAAAAGAAAUAGUAAAUGAAUCGAUUAAAGUUGGAAAUUUGAAAAUAAUAUCAUUAAUAAUAACAUCAAUACUUAAUAAUAAAACAGAUUUAUAUUGGAUUGAAUUAUCAUCAGAAACUACAACAACAACAAUAACUAAUGGAUCUACUAAUUUUAGAAAAAGAUAUCAAAUAAUCAAUUAUUUAAUAAGAAAUUGUAACAAUAGUGAAUUUUAUAAAGAAUAUAUCAGUGAUGUAAUUAAAGAGAAUUUUUCAGUAUGUCCAUUUCAAAAUGAUUUUACAAUAAAAAAUUUAAUUGAAUCUUAUAUUUCAAUUAGGUUAUUACAAUCAUUACAAGAGCAACCAAAAUGUCUAACCCACUCUUACCAAGAAGAUCUUCAACAAAAACAGGAUUUUGAUAAAUUAAUUGAAACAUUGGAUAACUAUAAAAUUAGUAAAAACUUAAAAUCAUUAAUUAAAAAUGAAUUAGUGAUUGAUUCAAAUUUAAAAGAAUUAUUAGAAACCUAUUAUUCAAUUUCAGGAAAAUAUAGCCUUUGUUAUCUAUUAUCAAUAAAUGAUGAGAAAAGAUUAAAUCAUUUCAUUUUUAAUAAUACUAAUAAUAAUAGUGAUAUUAUUUCAAUUAGUAUAAAUGCAAUUGAAUAUGGUAAUUGGCAAUUAUUAAAUUAUAUUUUAAAUAAAAUUUCAAGUAUUAUGGAAAAUAAUGAAAAAUGUGAUAUUGUAAUGAAAUUUAAAAAUGAAAUUUCAAAUAUUUAUAAAUCUAUUAAAUAUCCUAAUAUUUUAUUUAAAUAUUGUAAUAAUCAAGAUUUGAAAAUUGAAUUUGUAAAUUCAUUAUGUGAUUAUAUUAUAGUUUCUCAAGCAUCAAUUUUCACUAUACUAUUUAAUUUAUUGGUUGAGAAUGAUGAUAUUUCAUUACUUGACUUGGCAUUUAAUAAAUUAGAAAAUAAUAAUUUAAUUAUACUUUUAAUGAAACAACAAAAGAAUCAACACCAAAAUUUUAAAAUAUUUAAUAUAUACAGAUUUAUUAAAUCAAAACAAGUAUUUAAAUAUAUUUAUAAUAAGAUUAUUAAAUCAAAUAUAGAAACAUCAGAUUCCUUUUGUAAUAUAUCAAUUUUAUGGGAACUUGGUAGAAUUGACUUAAUUGAAUUAUAUGAACAAUUAACACCAUCAAAUAUAAUUAUAAAUUUUACAACUGGUUCAGUUUAUCCUUACACUUUAUCAAAUGAUUUAAUUAAAGAUAAUAUAAUAAAAAUGUCAAAAUUUGUAAUUUCAAAAAAUCAACAACAACUAAUACUCAAUAAUAAUAAUAUUAAAUAUGUAUAUGAUAAAAUUGUAAUGGAUUGUUGGUCAUCAGAUAUUAUUAAUUUAAAUGAUUCAAAUUUAUCAGAUAUACAAUUUAUAAUUGAAAAUACAGAAUUUUCUUAUAAUCAUUAUCAACCAUCUUCUAAAUUAAAACGUUUAUCACUAAUUCACUUGAAAAUAUAUGAUUGGGUUUUAGAGAAUAGAUCAGACUUAAUAGUUUUAGAUCCUAAAAAUUUAGAUUCUUUAUCAACAAUUAUAAAUUUUAUGACAACAACAACAACAACCACAACCAACACAUCAGUUACAACACAAAAUUUACUUCAACAACAACAACAACAACAACAAAAAUCAACACCAAGAUUAAUUUUAUUUCAAAUUCAUUAUUUUGAAUUAUUAUAUCAUAUUAAAAAAUUUAAUUUUGAAGAAAAUUCAUCACUUUUUAAAAAUAAUAAUUCAAAAUUCGUUUGGAUAGAAAUUGGUAGAUCUGGCGACACAGAUUCUUUGGUGAAAAUAAUGAAAAAUUAUAAAAAUGAUAAAAUGGAAAACUAUGGUUUAAAAAACGAUGAUGUAGAUUGUUAUUUACUUGAUACUGUAUUUAAAGGUCUAUUAUUUGAUUGUUUAAAAAGUUCUGCAAGGGUUGGCCAUUUAUCAAUUUUUAAAUUAUUAUUUGAAAAGGAUAAUGAAUUUUCAAUAAUUAUGUCAAUUAAUUUCAGUAGAGAUUCAAGCGAAAUUAAUGAAUUAUUUACCUUGAUUAUUGAUAAUGAUCAUUUAGAAUUAUUCAAUUAUUUUAUUAAUCGUUUCAAACAAUCAAUUAAUGACCUAUAUAUCCAUAAUCAAAAUUCUAAAAUUUAUUUCCAUUAUAGUAACAAUCAUUUGUAUUAA